AUGUCAGGACUCGAGAAAGCCCUCUUCAAUUUGAAGUUCACCGCAAAACAAAUCAACCGACAAGCCAACAAAGCUGGACAAGCGGAAAAAGCCGAGAAGGAUAAACUCAAGAAGGCAAUCCAACAAGGCCACCCCGAUAUCGCAAAAAUCAAUGCCGAAAAUGCCAUCCGCAAACAAAAUGAGAAAUUGAAUCUACUAAGAUUAGCCAGCAGAAUCGAUGCCGUGGCCAGUAGAGUACAGACAGCUGUUACCAUGAGACAAGUCACCGGCAGCAUGACGAAUGUAGUAAGGGGGAUGGAUCAAGCUAUGAAAGCUAUGGAUUUGGAAAAGAUCUCGGCAGUAAUGGAUCGAUUCGAGACACAAUUCGAAGAUUUAGAUGUAGCAACCGGUUAUUACGAAAAUGCAACUACAUCGGCAACAGCAGUAGCCACUCCUCAAGAAGAUGUUGAUAGAUUGAUGAACCAAGUUGCGGAUGAGGCUGGAAUUGAGUUGAAUCAAGAGAUGAAGAGUCCGGAAGCGGCUACCCCAGUCAAAUCUAAUCCAACUGAAGUAGAGGAGGAUGGAUUGGGCGAAAGAUUAAGGGCCUUGAGAUCGUAG